AUGGUUAAGGACAUUUUAAAUAUAAUCCCGUAUAAUAAUCGCUAUAAAAGGUCAUAUUUAUUUCUUGCCAAACUCAUUUGUGAUGAUUAUCAAGUGGAAAAGGUCAUUGGUGUGGAAAAUAUUUCCACAUACCUGUUUUAUAAAGGAUAUGGAAUUAAAUUAGACAAAUCUGCUGAUAUGGGAAUAGAAAAAUUAGUAAGACAUGAUAUUCAUACAGAAAAUACAAUUUACAGAGCAAUUAUGUAUAAUGACUUAGAAAGAUUCAUCCAAUUCACGGAAAGAAAAGAAUUUUUCGAAGAUCAAAAAUUUUAUAGUUUAUUAUAUCCAUCAAAUCUCGAAGGAUAUUCUUUACUUGAAUUAUGUUGUUACCAUGGAGCAAUUGAUUGUUUCAAGUUAUUAAGGACAAAAUUUCAAUCAGAAAUAACUAAGCUAUGUCUUGAAUUAUCAUUUUUAGGAGGAAAUCAAGAGAUCAUGAGUGAAUGUCUGAAAUAUCAGAAACCAGAUGAAAAAUGCAUGGAAUAUGCAAUUAUUUCACACAACAUUGAUUUUGUUACAUUCUUGAUGAAUGAAUACAAUAUAGAGAUCGAUCUAUAUUAUUGUGGAAAAUAUAAUAAUCUUGAUGCAGUGUUAGUUUAUUUCGAUCAAACUAAUAAUAUUAACAAAUGCUUUAUGUACUCAGGGAUGUUUAAUAUUCCAUCCCUUUCCGAAUAUUUUCUUUCACUUGGUGCAAAUAUUAACGAAAAACAUAAAGAUGGACUCACAGCUCUUCAUUAUGCUGCAAUUAAAAAUAGUGAAGAAACAGUUAAAUUUCUUGUUUCACAUGGUAUAAAUAUCAAUGAAAAAAAUAAAUGUGGAGAAACAGCUCUUCAUUAUGCAGCACAAUAUAAUAAUAAAGAGAUUGCCAAACUUCUUAUUUCACAUGGUGCAAAUAUCAAUGAAAAGGAUAAAGACGGAAAAACCGCCCUUCGUUAUGCAUUAGAAAAUAAUAGUAAAGAAACAGCAGAACUUCUUAUUUCACAUGACGGAAGGAUAUUAUCAAAAUAA